CUCAGCUUGGUAGUCCGGGACCCGGAGCAGAGCCGGGGCUGCGGGCCGCACAGUGAGGAGGGCGGGCGGCGCCGCGGGAAGCGAUGGGGGCGCGCGCUCUGUCCCUCAGCCCAUCUGGUAUCCCCGCUUGGCUGCUGUAGGGAGCGGCGGUGGAGAAGAGAGACUCGUCACAGACCACCCCCCCGGGGGAAACCUUCUAGGGUUGGCCCCCCGCCGUCGUGCCUCGUGGACUCCCUGGGCGUGGAAGAGGAGCGAAUCCAGAGCGGAGCUCGGAACAUGGGGACAGCGGCUGCAGGCGGCGGCUGCGGGGGUUGCCGGUGGCUCCCGUGGCUAGGACUCUGUUUCUGGGCGGUGGGGGCCGCGGCUGCACGAGGAGCCGACAAUGGUGAGGUUCUUCCUGAUUCCAUCCCGUCUGCCCCUGGAACGCUGCCUCACUUCAUAGAGGAGCCCGAAGAUGCUUACAUCAUCAAGAGCAACCCGAUUGCACUCCGGUGCAAAGCAAGGCCGGCCAUGCAGAUAUUCUUCAAAUGCAAUGGCGAGUGGGUCCACCAGAACGAGCACAUCUCAGAGGAAAGUCUGGAUGAGAGCUCAGGCCUGAAGGUCCGGGAAGUGUUUAUCAAUGUCACCCGGCAACAGGUGGAGGACUUCCAUGGGCCAGAGGACUACUGGUGCCAAUGUGUGGCAUGGAGCCACCUGGGGACUUCCAAGAGCAGGAAGGCUUCUGUGCGCAUAGCCUAUUUACGGAAAAACUUUGAACAAGAUCCACAAGGCAGGGAGGUUCCUAUUGAAGGCAUGAUCGUGUUGCAUUGCCGCCCGCCAGAGGGAGUGCCUGCAGCAGAGGUGGAAUGGCUGAAAAACGAGGAGCCCAUUGACUCGGAACAGGAUGAGAACAUUGACACCAGGGCUGACCAUAACCUGAUCAUCAGGCAGGCCCGGCUCUCAGACUCAGGAAAUUACACUUGUAUGGCAGCCAACAUCGUGGCCAAGAGGAGGAGCCUGUCAGCAACUGUGGUGGUCUACGUGAAUGGAGGCUGGUCUUCCUGGACAGAGUGGUCAGCCUGCAAUGUUCGCUGUGGUAGAGGAUGGCAGAAACGUUCCCGGACCUGCACCAACCCCGCUCCUCUCAAUGGUGGGGCCUUUUGUGAGGGAAUGUCAGUGCAGAAAAUAACCUGCACUGCUCUUUGUCCUGUGGAUGGCAGCUGGGGAGUGUGGAGUGAAUGGUCAGUCUGCAGCCCAGAGUGUGAGCAUCUUCGCAUCCGUGAGUGCACAGCUCCAGCCCCAAGAAAUGGGGGCAAGUUCUGUGAAGGUCUCAGCCAGGAAUCUGAAAACUGCACAGAUGGUCUCUGCAUUCUAGAUAAAAAACCUCUUCAUGAAAUAAAACCCCAAAGCAUUGAGAAUGCCAGCGACAUUGCUUUGUACUCGGGCUUGGGUGCAGCUGUCGUAGCCGUUGCUGUUCUGGUCAUUGGUGUCACCCUCUACAGACGGAGCCACAGUGACUACGGUGUGGACGUCAUUGACUCUUCUGCAUUGACAGGUGGCUUCCAGACCUUCAACUUCAAAACAGUUCGUCAAGGAAAUUCUCUGCUCCUGAAUCCUGCCAUGCAGCCAGACCUGACAGUGAGCCGGACAUACAGUGGGCCCAUCUGUCUGCAGGAUCCACUGGACAAGGAGCUAAUGACAGAAUCCUCACUCUUCAACCCUCUCUCUGACAUCAAAGUCAAAGUUCAGAGUUCAUUCAUGGUCUCCCUGGGAGUGCCUGAGAGAGCUGAAUACCACGGCAAGAAUCACUCGGGGACUUUCCCCCAUGGCAACAACCGUGGCUUUAGCACAAUGCAUCCCAGAAACAAACCGCCGUACAUCCAAAACCUGUCAUCACUGCCCACGAGGACAGAGCUGAGGACAACUGGUGUCUUUGGCCAUUUAGGGGGCCGCUUAGUAAUGCCAAAUACAGGGGUAAGUCUACUCAUACCACAUGGAGCCAUCCCAGAGGAGAAUUCUUGGGAGAUUUACAUGUCAAUCAACCAAGGUGAACCCAGCCUGCAGUCAGAUGGCUCUGAGGUUCUCCUGAGUCCUGAAGUCACCUGUGGGCCUCCGGAUAUGCUUGUCACAACUCCCUUUGCACUGACCAUCCCUCACUGUGCAGAUGUCAGUUCAGAGCACUGGAACAUCCACUUGAAGAAGAGGACACAGCAGGGGAAGUGGGAGGAAGUGAUGUCAGUGGAGGAUGAGUCCACAUCCUGUUACUGCCUUUUGGAUCCCUUUGCCUGCCAUGUGCUCCUUGAUAGCUUUGGAACGUAUGCCCUCACAGGGGAGCCAAUCACAGACUGUGCCGUAAAGCAGCUCAAGGUGGCCGUGUUUGGCUGCAUGUCCUGUAACUCACUGGAUUACAAUCUGAGAGUUUACUGUGUGGACAACACUCCGUGUGCAUUUCAGGAAGUGGUCUCUGAUGAACGGCACCAAGGCGGCCAGCUCCUGGAAGAACCAAAGCUGCUGCAUUUCAAAGGGAAUACCUUCAGUCUUCAGAUCUCCGUCCUCGACAUCCCUCCAUUCCUCUGGAGGAUUAAACCUUUCACUGCAUGCCAGGAAGUCCCCUUCUCCCGAGUGUGGAGCAGCAACCGGCAGCCCUUGCACUGUGCCUUCUCCCUGGAGCGUUACACGCCCACCACCACGCAGCUGUCCUGCAAAAUCUGCAUUCGGCAGCUCAAAGGCCAUGAACAGAUCCUCCAAGUGCAGACAUCCAUCCUAGAGAGUGAACGAGAAACCAUCACUUUCUUCGCACAGGAGGACAGUACUUUCCCUGCACAGACUGGCCCAAAAGCCUUCAAAAUCCCCUAUUCCAUCAGACAGAGGAUCUGUGCUACGUUUGAUACGCCCAACGCCAAAGGCAAGGACUGGCAGAUGUUAGCACAGAAAAACAGCAUCAAUAGGAAUUUAUCGUAUUUUGCUACACAAAGUAGCCCCUCUGCUGUCAUUUUGAACCUCUGGGAAGCUCGUCAUCAACAGGAUGGGGACCUUGACUCACUCGCCUGUGCCCUUGAAGAGAUUGGGAGGACACACACGAAACUGUCCAACAUCACAGAGUCCCAGCUUGAUGAAGCUGACUUCAACUACAGCAGGCAAAAUGGACUCUAGUCAAUUUCUUCUCUUGAGGCAGCACUAGCGAUGGCCAGCUUCUGAGCAGUGGCUUCAAGUGAGGAACAAGAGGCAGGUUUCUGCCCAGGGGCAUUUGGGGAAUUCAACCUUUAUUGAGAGUCAGUGAGAAUCCCUGGUUGAAGAAAAUGAGUUUGAUGUAGGUAAAACAUGUUAAUAGCAGGGGAGAGAGAGAGAGAGAGAGAGAGAGAGAGAGAGAGAGAGAGAGAGAGAGAGAGAGAGGGUCCUGUUCUCUCCUCUGAGUCCAUACACGGGUAAACCUUGGUUAUGCUCCUCAGCACUGCUGAGGGUAAAAGUGAAGGAAACUGUAAAUAAAAGGAGUUCUCAAAAAUAGACACACUACAAUAACACCAGGAAGGCAGAGAUUAAGUGCACGUUUGGAAACAGGUUAUUAAUGAUUUACCCGACAGGGAGAGCUGAUUCUGAAACCAGAUUUUCAGUUUCCAAUCAACUGGCAUCCUGGAUAUUGGAAAUCAUGGUAAUCUAGCUUUCAGACGUGAAAUCAGAUUGCCAACCUACUAGUGAUGUCACCAAUGUUGGGGAGGGCAUUUGGAAGAUGAGUACAUCACACCAGCACUAAUUAAUUAUAUGAGCCACUUAAUGGAGACAAGAUCAAAAAGUGAGAUAGACCUCAAACUAGUUUCUGGUACCUCACCUUCAUUUUUUUCCUCCCAGAGACAAAACUUAUUUCUCUUCCCAUCCUGACAGAUUACAGUAUGGAGGUAGUAAGGAACAUGGCUCUACAUUUCAAUAUGGAAACAUAUUUCUCCUAAUGCAACAGAGCAGAGCAAACUCUGUUCCCAGUCAAGCCACUCAAAUCUCAAAGUGCUGCUAGAAUACAGCUUACUCCAUGAAGUGGAGGUAGG